GGAGACGCCCUUGCGCCCUCGGCUCGCGGGAGCGGCCCGUCGGCCCCGUGCCGGUCCCCGUAACUCAGCGGGACCUUCCACUUGGGCGAGCCGUCUCUCCCGAACCCCUGCCCGCCCUCCGGGGAGCCAGGAGCUCCAGCAAAAAAAAAAAAAAAAGGACCUUUGGGCAACCGGCUGUUGUGCGCCAGACCUCCAGUCGACAACUCUUUUGUUUCGCGUAUUUAUGCAGAGAUAUGACUCAAAGAGUCGGGUUCGCGUUUUGCUGCUUGAUCCGGGGUCUCGGCUGCCUAUUGCUACCUGACUUCGAAGGAAGUGCCCACCUUUUGCAUCUUUCCGGAAACAAGUCGAACCACGACGAGCUGCGUUAUUGUGAGACAGAAGUUAAGUUAGCCUUGUCUCUCGACUUUUGGACCCUGUCCUCUGAAAAUCUUUUAGCUGUGUUGCCAGUCGAUCCUGUUAAAGAAAACUAUGUUCGUAAAGUGAAAAACUGUAUUUUUUCAAUUGCCUUCCCUACUCCUUUGAAAUCAAGAGUACGUCUUGUAGCAGUUUCAAAGGAAGUUCUAGAAGAUAUUUUGGACCUUGAUUUAUCUGUCUCAGAAACAGAUGAUUUUAUCCAGCUUGUGAGUGGGGAAAAGAUAGUAUCUGGAUCUGUUCCACUGGCUCACAGAUACGGAGGCCAUCAGUUUGGGAUCUGGGCAGGUCAGCUUGGGGACGGAAGAGCCCAUCUUCUUGGAGUGUACGUGAACAGGCAGGGCGAAAAGUGGGAGCUCCAGUUAAAAGGCUCGGGAAAGACCCCAUACUCCCGGAACGGUGAUGGCAGAGCGGUGCUCCGCUCCUCGGUGAGGGAAUUUUUAUGCAGUGAGGCUAUGCACUCUCUCGGAGUUCCGACCAGCAGAGCUGCAAGUCUGGUUGUAAGUGAUGAUGAAGUAUGGAGAGAUCAGUUCUACAAUGGAAACGUUGUGAAGGAACGAGGUGCGGUAGUGCUGCGUGUUGCGAAAUCAUGGUUUAGAAUUGGAUCAUUAGAAAUUUUGGCUCAUUAUGGUGAACUGGAUUUACUAAGGACGUUAUUAGAUUUCAUCAUACGGGAGCACUUCCCUUCAGUAGAGAGCACAGGACCUAACAGAUAUGUGGAUUUCUUCUCUGUUGUGGUAUCAGAGACGGCACAACUCAUGGCCUUGUGGAUGUCUGUUGGUUUCGCUCAUGGUGUUUGUAAUACUGAUAAUUUCAGUUUGUUAUCCAUUACAAUUGACUACGGUCCAUUUGGUUUCAUGGAAGCCUAUAAUCCGGAUUUUGUCCCAAACACAUCUGAUGAUGAAGGAAGAUAUAAAAUAGGAAAUCAGGCCAAUAUUGGGAUGUUUAACUUAAUCAAGUUGUUGCAAGCUUUAAACCCAUUACUGGAUCCUAGGCAAAGGCAGCUAGCUGCUCAGAUUCUUGAGGAGUAUCUGGUUCUUUAUUAUACAAGAUUUAGAGAAUUGUUCAAAGCAAAAUUGGGAUUACUUGGAGAAAAAAAUGGUGAUGAUGAUUUAAUUGCAUUUCUCUUACAUCUCCUGGAGGAGACAGCGGCGGAUUUUACAAUGACAUUUCGGCAGCUCAGCGAGAUUCCUCAAAGCCAGUUACAGGAGCUCACCAUUCCCCAGCAAUUCUGGGCACUGAAGGUGAUUUCCAAGCACAAGCUCUUUCCAGCCUGGGUAUCCCAGUACCUUCUGAGACUCAAGAGUCACAUGAAUGAUACGGAUUCUGAAAGAAGAAAAAGAAUGACAACUGUUAAUCCCAGGUACGUGCUGAGGAACUGGAUGGCAGAGUCUGCGGUGCGAAAAGCAGGCAGGAAUGAUUUCUCGGAGGUCCGUCUUCUCCAGCAUGUUCUUCGGCAUCCUUUCCAGAAGCAUUCUGCAGCUGAGAGAGCAGGCUACUCAGCACCUACUCCUUCUUGGGCUAAAGACCUCAGAGUUAGCUGCUCAUCUUAACUUACCUUAAAUAAAUGAAGGGAUAUUCUGUCAUUGAACUCAACAUAGAGUCAUCUAUGUGAUAAAUUAUUAAUGACCAUCUAUGUUUUGUGACAGCCUCACAUUUCAUAAAAAGGAUUAUAUGUGCAAAUAUUUUUUAAUCAAAUAAACGGGACCUAUUCUUUGGAA